AUGAGUUUAUCAGCAUCAUGUUAUGGGCUUCAAACAAUCAUCCCUUUCAUAAUAGUAACGUUGGUUUUAUUCCUUAAUAUUAAGGGAAGUACUCAAAUAAGUCGAGAGUUCUGGCCCAAAUACUGGGAAUCAGAUGUUACAAAGGGCAACUUUCCUAAAAAUAGCAGUUAUAGUUUAAACCUUGAAACUGCACUUUCCAAUCUUAGUACGGUCUCAUAUUCCCACAUAUUCUCAAAUAUAACGGUAGGAACUGAUGAUGAUAACAAAGUAUACGCACUUUAUGAGUGUCGGAAGGAUGUUACCCUCCAAAGAUGUCAUGGUUGUGUGGAGGAUGCCACCCUCAAUGCUGUUGAUCUUUGUUACGCCUCCGUCCACCCUAAAGAGUGUAUUGUCAUUUAUGAGGAGUGCAUGCUACGUUACGCGAACCGCAUGAUCUUCUCCAAAAUGGAGCUUCUCCCAAACUACACCACAUGUGCAGGGGUUAAGUUUCUUAUGGAUGGAGGCGCACUACAUGGGGGAGUCAAAUCGAACCUUGAAUCAUUGAUCGAAAGAGCAAUCUCAGAAAAUAGUUCAUCUACAAAAUAUUUUGGAGUUGAAAAGGCCAAGAAUAUAGUAGGAAGGGACCUAUAUUUUUUGGUACAAUGUACACCUGAUAUUAGCAGGACACAAUGCAAAAAGUGUUUGAUGAAUGCAUUCAAUUAUACGGUUGAAUCAUGUGCGAGGGAUGCUCGUUUAUGGGGUCAAUUUAGAGGACCAAGUUGCCAAAUGAGAUAUGAUGAUGAACCUUUUUUUAAUGUGUCAUUACUAGACCAUAAUGUUAUUAUUGCUCCUACGCCUUUUGCGCCUGAUGUUUCUGCUCAACCUUUGCCGAUGGUAGAUGAACCAAUUUCCAUGAAGUUUGGGCAAACUAGGAUGCCAAAAUUCAUGCAAUAUGGUUCUAAUAAUAUCUUACCAUUGUAUUUGAUAUAA